AUGAACGCGAGACGUAGGCGCGACGACUGGCGGUGCGCCGGCCUGCGGGGGGCAGGCGUGCGCGACGCGCAGGGCUCGACAAAAGCUCUCUCUUCAGCCGCUUCCGCCUCGAGGUCCGCGCCUACAGAGAGCGCGACAGCGCCGCGGCAGGCGGAGGUCAAGCGCGUCCUAGGAGGGGUGCACAGGGUGUCGAUUCUUCGUCAGGCACGCGCUUCUCUUCUUGUCUCCGCCCUGGUAUUGCUGUCUGUUCUCUCUCUGUGUUGCUCGCGGUUUUCGAGUUUCGACUGGCCGUCGGCGUCCCUUUUUCCCUUUUCUCCGCUUCCCUCGCCUGCCCCCCAGGGGAGGCUGCACGCCCCGCCUGCCGCACAGGCACUCUCUCAUUUCUUCCUGCUGCCGGUGGCGGCCUCUCCGCGCGCGGCUCUCGGCGCCGUAGGGGCGGACGCGAUUGAGAUAUCUGCAAAGGUGACAAAGUCCGAAAAGAAGGAGGCGCCCAACAAGGCCAAGAAACUGCCGCCCCGCGCGCUUCAGGUCGUUCGCCCGAAUGACCGCCACACAGGCUUUGAGAUCGACGAAGCUGCCCUCACGGAGAUCGAGAAAAUUCCCGCGCCCGUCUCCGUCGUGACGGCCGUCGGCUCCAUCCACACAGGCAAGAGUUUUUUCCUGUCGCAGCUGCUGGCGUUUUCGUUCCCUGAGGAACACUCGCACGCGCCACCCCACGCGGUGGCGCGGCCGGGAAACGCGACGGAGGCCUCCGCCUCCACCUCGCCCUCGGAGGAGUCCCGGAGGUUCACGGCCUUCCCAGUGGGGUACACAGUGCAUCCAGGCACGCAGGGCUUGUCGUUUUGGAGUGAGCCGCUGCGCGUCGACCGCCGCACGGGGCAGGUCGUGGCAGGCGAGCGGAGGCGCCGCGCCGGGAAGGCGGGGGGGGGGGUCGCGGGCGCGGCGGAGGAGAGCGACAUCACCCACGUCCUCCUGCUGGACACUGAGGGAUUCGGUGGCCCUAACGUCACGCGCAGCUACGACCAGCUCCUCUACGCCGUCGCCUCCCUGGUCUCGUCCGAGAUCGUCUUCACCACCAUGAAAAUGAUCGACGCGCAGUCUCUGCAGCUGCUUGAGGACCUGACGCGCGACGCGAAUCUCUUCAACUUGCGGGCGCACGCGCAGUCGGUGAACCGGACGCGGAUCGUCCCUCCGCUGUCUUCCUCGCGGCGCGAGGACAAGGAGGAGGCGGCGGGUGUGUCUUCGAAGGAUUCGAAAGAUCCUCAGGACGCGAAGGCGCGCGUCGCGCGCGAAGCCGAGAUCACGCUGAAAGACUCCGUCGCAGGUUCCGCGCUCUUCUCGUCGCUCGCGCCCUGCUGCCUCUCCUGGAUUGUUCAGGACUUCGUUCAGGAUCUUGAGGGCCUAACGGCCCUGCAGUGGCUGGAGCGGCUGAUCGACACGAACCGGUGGAGCGCGUCACCGGCGGAAGUUGAGAAGAACUUUUGGAAGGAGAAGCGUGGCUUGGAGAGAAACCGAAAACCCGAGGACGGCGACGAAAAAGACGGCUUUCUCAGGCAUUCGCUGCGGUCGUUUUACGAUUCGAUUCAUUGCGUGGCGCUGCCUGCGCCGUCUGCUUCGUCGGAGGCUCUGCAGCGGCUGGAUCUCUUGCCGCUGACGGAGAUGACUUCGGUAUACAAGCGCGCGUUUCUGGACUUCAAAGACGCGCUGCUGAAACGUGCGGCGAACCACUUCAAGGCCAAAAGUCACCUGUUCCACCCCUCCAGCGACGCAGGCCGCGGCGCGGGGGGGGACGAGCGCGCCUGCCGCCGCGCGCCCUCCCAGGCAGGCCAAGGGCAGCAGCCGCGAGAGAGCGAAGGAGGCGAUCGCUGUGCGGGCGAGGAGGAUGCGGAGGGUAAAGCCCAUGGCGACCGCGGCGCGGGACGGGGCGACGCGCGAGUGGAGGCCCCGCGCCGCGGCGAGGCGAUCGGCCGCGUGGCGAUGAGUGGCAAAGACAUCGCCGAUUUGCUGCGCUUCCUCGUGCGUGCCGCCAACCUCAACAUGUUCGAGGACGUCGAAAUCUUCAUGAACCACUUCUCUUCAGUUCGGUCUGACUUGGCUAAGAACGACCUCCUUCUGCUCUUUGACGAGGACAUGCAGCGCUUUUUGAGCGUGCAUCCGCCGCCGCUUCCUCCGCUCUUCUUCUCGUUUGCGGACUCUCUGCGUCAGCAGCUGCUUCAGCAGUGGCGGCAGCAGAUCGCAGGCCAGGAGGGGAAUCACGCGCAGGAGGUUCAGCAGCGCCAGCAGGAAGAAAUGAUUCAGAAAUUAAACGAAAAAGUAGAAAAAUUCAGAGGCGUAGCUGAGGAGCAAGUACGCAAGUACUGCCGCGGAUUUUGCGACAAACGCCUCCACCUGGUUCAGCAGGAAAUCCAAAAACAGCAACAGCGCCUGCCAAUGGCGCCCCAGGCUCUCGCUGAGUGGGCGAUCUAUGAGCAACGGCUCCAACGAUCCCUGCUGACUGAAGAAGUCAACCACGGAGGCCGCGACUUCGCCGCGGCAGACGUCUGCGAGGAGGAACUGCGCGCCUACGAUGAAAAAGUCGAAAAUCUUUUCCUCUUCUUGCACAAAGAAAACACGAAGAAGAUCACUGCCGAUAUGCAGAAGGCGGAGGAGCAGACUGUAGUGUUUUUCGCUGAACAGCUUAAGCAACACCCCCUGGAGAUGCUGCACCCGUUGGAGCAAUUCCGCGCGCUCCUCUUCGAGUGGAAGACUGCAGCGUGGGAGAUCUUUCAGCAGAAAGUCGAAGACCUGCGUGCCGUGCGGCAGAUCUACAGCGUCUUCGAGAAGCGGCUGACAUCGGAACUCAAGCGCCUCGAGCAGCAGGCGCUCCAACAGUGGAACGAAAAAUGCACAGAAAUUGCAUUCGACGUGCUGCAGAAGUGGAGCAGCACCUACAAGGCAGAGGUCAUUGCCUCGUUCCCUAAAGUCCAGGCUCUGCCGGUCGAUGAGGACAUUCUCCACACAGCGUCGCAAAACAAAAUGCAAGACGCGCUCGAGGAGAUGAACGAGCUGUACUGCACUAAGACCGCGCCGUGGCAACAGGUGGCUCGCGAGCUGAAGGAAGUUUUGCUCGAGAAACAGAAGGAACUCGAGCUGCAGAACGUCGAAGCCAUCAAAACGAACUGCAAAGAGCCGCUGGACAAGCUCCUGAAAGGGCUGAAGCCCGAAGCAGAGAGCCGUUACCUCUGGACAACUUUCGUUGCCUUGGCAAAGCAAGAGGCGCUCGCGCUGCUUGCGUCGCAGAACGCCCAGAGUCGUGCGACCGUCCUUCUCUCUGAUCGCCUGGUGAAGCGUGUGACGGAGCACUGGCUCGAGACGGACGUCAAAAGUGCUUACGCGGACACAGUGUGGCGAAAUAUGGUUAACUUAUGCCAGCAGAUUGCCGGUGGGAUCGUUGGAACCGCAGGCUUGGCUGUCUUCAGCACGUACAAUAUGUGGAUCGGAGUGCUGAUGAUGACGUUGGGGGCGUGGCUGCUCUUUGGGAUCUUGACGCUCAUCGGAUGGAUGAGAGGCGCGUUUAAAUUUACCGUUCAAGGAUUGUGGCACGGCUUGCAGGACAGAGUCGGGCUCGAGGCCGCUGUGGGAAUAUUCUUCGUUGCGGCCGCUGUAGUCGGCGCCGCCGGCUUCCGAUGGCUUUCGAUUCGAAAAUCGAGAAAUCUCGGCUAUGUUGCCGGGCAUCAGGCCUUCCAGGCGAACGCUUGCAGUAUUUCCCGGCCGUGCUCCGUCGAUCCCGGUGCCUACAGUGUGGGCGGAGGUCUGUCGCGGCCAUCGCAGUCUGGCAUGCCGCAGCCGAUGGAGUAUCAGACGCCUCUGGGUGUGAGGUCGUCAGCAGUGCCUACAUCCAGUAUCAUGUAUGAAUCCAUGUUCCCCGACGCAGAGAGGAAGAGCCGCUAUUCGACGGCGUACAUUGGGUGA